AUCGAGAAUAGCCUAUUCCCUACCUCACCUCGGGAGCCAUGCAUUGCAGUAUCCAUCGACUUGCUCAGCCUCUACCAGUCCUUAUUAGAACAUUCCGGAAUGUUGAACUCUGCAUUUUGCUCGGCAUUGCAAGACUUUUAUGUGAGCCAUGGGUUCUGGAUGCUUGAUGUGAAGGGUGUCCCAAUGCAAGAGCCCUUUCGUCGUGGGUUCGGAUAUGCAACCAAGUGGUAUGGAUGUGUCAGACUCGCUUUGGAAGAUGAGAUUGAUUCCAUGCUCUCAAACUCCUGUGCCAAGAUCCCCGAUUCAUUUGCGACUCUGAAUAACAUACAGCCAUUGACACCAACUAUAAAUGUUGACAAUGGUUCAGUGUACAGCUCUCCAGCCCAUGGGAAAUGUCGAUGUCCUGCUUGUUUUUCUGGAACUCGCUUUGGACGGGGCUUUUCCGAAGGUGGUGAUGUCCAUGUUGCUGUUGACUGCAACUUCAAUCAGCAUCACCGAACAUCGGCAGGAGACUGCCCGCACUUCUAUGACCCCAGGUAUAUCCUCUCCAAGCAUGAGGUUGACGAAGCUGGAGUUCGUAUUGAAAUUGCAUGCAAUGCUGGCACCAAAAAGAAUUAUUCACCCAAGAUUCCAGACAUUGCUGUUGAUGAAGACAAGAAGUCAUUUGACGCUGCUGAUGAGAAGAAGGAGAAAACCCAUGGAGGACGUUAUGAUGACACAGGCUUAGCUGCGCUGGUGUGUCAUCAUGAUGUUCCUCUAUUCCUUGCCAAUGUGGAUACUCCUGGAGAGCAGCAGAAGUAUGCUGUUGCCCUCAUUGACAAACUUGCCUCUCAUCUGCCCGCAGCCGCUUCUAUUGCUGUAUUGUAUGAUAUUGGAUGUUAUGACAUCUUUCCACCAAUGUUAACUGAACGACUUGUCUUUGCAACCUCAGCGAUGCACUCAUAUGGGCACCAAUGGGCUUGUCAGCUAGUAUACAAUCCUAGGUUGAUGGAUGGUCUUGGGUUGACAGAUGGUGAAGGUGUAGAGCGCUUCUGGUCAUGCCUUCAGAAGCUCAUUGGUAUUACUCGAAGUUCUGCACAUCGACAACGAAUCUAUCUCCUUGAUCAUCAGGUGGCUUUUAUGGCAAAGUCUAUUCGUGAGGAUCUUGGAGGAUGGAUACAUCGGAAGGUCCAAGAAGGUGUAGAGAAAAAGGGUGCAAAGGCACAUGCUGACCUGGAAUCCUGUGGGAAGUCAGUCCCCUUCCUGCGGCAACAAUGGGCAGACCAACACCAGACACAGACAUCCAUACGCUUGCAUAAGUCAACUUGUUUAUUGGGGAAAGAGCUUGACGCUGUUCUAACAUCAUUACAGGCACAUGCUGACACUGUUGAGUCUGCCAUCCAGGCCACUCAGACUGCCCUGAAGUCUUUACCAAUGACUGUAUCUCAGCCAAAUUUCAAUUUAUCGCAACUCUCCUACAUCCAUCAACAGCUUUGCAAUCAGAUCGACCAGCUCUAUGCAUCUCUGAAUGUCGGCCAGUCCUUCCCCGAGUUAGCAUCCCUCAACAUCACAUUUGUACAAACGUUACUUCUCGUGUGUGACCUCAAGAUGAAUAUCUGCAAAAGGGCAAUCGCAACCUUCUUUGAAUGGGACUGGCUGGACCAGGCAACUGGUGGAUGUGAACAGGCACUUGGAACAAAGCUUCACCAACAAACACGAUGA